CUGUUAAAUGGAUUAAUGUGUUACAAACCUGAUGACCCGAUUGAGUAUUUGGAAAGCUGUUUGCAGAAAGUAAAAGAGCUUGGAGGGCCAGAAAAAGUGAAAUGGGACACUUUUGUCAGCCCAGAAAAGAAGACCCUGCCUCCACUCAAUGGAGGACAAUCCCGGAGGUCUUUUUUCAGGAAUGUGAUGCCUGAUAACUCUAACUUCCCAUACCGACGCUAUGACCGACUGCCUCCGAUCCAACAGUUUUCCAUAGAAAGUGACACUGACCUUUCUGAAACUGCUGAGCUAAUUGAGGAGUACGAUGUGUUUGACCCUGCAAGACCUCGACCAAAAAUUAUCCUUGUCAUAGGUGGCCCAGGAAGUGGUAAAGGAACACAGAGUUUGAAAAUAGCAGAACGUUAUGGAUUUAAUUACAUAUCAGUUGGUGAAUUGUUAAGGAAGAAAAUCCACAGCACAAGCAGCAAUAGAAAAUGGAGUCUAAUUGCCAAAAUAAUUACUACUGGAGAACUGGCCCCUCAGGAAACAACCAUAACUGAGAUAAAGCAGAGAUUAAUGCAGAUCCCUGAUGAAGAGGGGAUAGUGAUUGACGGAUUUCCCAGAGAUGUUGCCCAGGCAAUCUCCUUUGAGGACCAAAUCUGUACCCCAGAUUUGGUGGUAUUUCUGGCAUGUUCCAGUCAAAGGCUGAAAGAAAGGUUACUGAAGCGUGCAGAACAGCAAGGAAGACCUGAUGAUAACCUGAAAGCCACUCAGAGAAGAUUAAUGAAUUUCAAGCAGAAUGCAGUUCCACUGGUUAAAUAUUUCCAGGAAAAAGGGCUGAUAAUCACAUUUGAUGCAGACAGAGAUGAAGAAGAAGUGUUCUCUGACAUAAGUUCAGCAGUUGACAAUAAACUAUUUGCAAACAAAGAGACUGCAGCAGGGUCAAAUGAACUUGACUGCAGUCUGAUUAUGGAUUCGGGAGAUGCUGUUUAUACAGAAUUUGACUUUGAAGACCAGGAGGAGGAUCAGUCAAGUUUUUCUGGUUAUGAGAGCACAGGAGACUUUUCAGAAGAUCUAAGGAAAUCAAACAUCAUUUUUGUUGUCGGUGGACCUGGCUCUGGCAAAGGGAGCCAAUGUGAACAGUUAGCCAAGAAAUACGGAUUUACUCACCUGUCCACUAGUGAUCUUCUCCAAAAUGAGUUAUCAUCAUUAUCAGAGAGAAGUAAAUUGAUCAAAGACAUCGUGGGAUGUGGUGAACCUGUGCCUGGGGGUAUUGUUCUAGAGCUACUGAAGAAAGCCAUGGUUUCCAAGCUAGGGGACACAAAAGGAUUCCUGAUCGAUGGGUAUCCCCAAGACCUGAAAGACGCAGAAGAGUUUGAGAGCAAGAUUGGGGAACCAAAGCUCGUGCUCUGCCUGGACUGCUCUGCAGAAACCAUGAGCAGUCGCCUUCUGAUGAGGAAUCAGAGAAGUCAGAACUCUGAGAAUGCUGAGGAAAGAAUUGAAAGCUACUACCAAGCAUCAAACCCUCUGAUUGCAUACUAUGAAAGCAGGACACAAUUAUGCAAGGUUGAUGCAGAAGGAACACAGGAGGAUGUUUUCCUGGAAAUCUGCAAGAUAAUUGACUCUUUUCUGAAAAAGGAAGAGGCAGCAUUUUCUUUUUCACCAGAAAUGCAGUAAUGGUGUGUAAGGUGUGUACACAGCCUCGCCCACGUGCACCCCACAGCCAUGGUUUGCUGGUCAAAGCAGUGCUGCUUCCUUGAGAGGUAUCUGGAAUUUGUGCAUGUGGCGUGUUACUCUAGAUGAAAUCUUUGUUCUGACAGUACACUCAACAGAAAGUGGUCUGUAUGCUAACCCCACUCUAAGAACUGCAUUUUGUUUUCUUGGGUGUUUGCUCUUCACGGGUUAAAAGCAGGAAGGUUGAGCAGCAGCUCUGCUUUUGUGUUUGAUGGUCACACACAUUCCAUGGGAAACGGGACAGUGCCUGCCCAGCAGGGAGCUCUCCACCCACCCCAGUCACUGUCCAGCAGACUGAUAUUGGUUAUUGCAUACAAGUUUCCCAUUAUUAUUUUCUUUCUAUUAACAGUAUUAAUUUUUGUGGUUGUCACUUAGCUUGUUCUUGGGCUUUAGUGACUGAAACCUGUUCUCUGUAACAUGCAGCUCUAAGAGAGCCGGCAUUAGUCAGGCUACAAGUUCAAACACCCCCAGAACGCUGUUGCAAGGAGACAAAUUCUUUGAAGAUACAGUUGAAUGUUGUGGAAGUCUGUCUACCCAUAAAUGGGGAGCAGACACCAUUUUUGAGAUGGUCUUGUCUUCUGCUAGGAAUGUUAUGAUUUUAUAACUGACUUCCCAGUUUUGUGAGCUGAGAAUGAUUGUAUUGUAUAUUUAAAUGUGCAAUCCAGUAAUGAUCCAUGUUAACAGCAGCUGUGCUAUAGCUAUUGAAGUCCUUAUGAAAAGUUGGUUAUGAGCCACAACAUCUCAUGUCAUCUUUAAAUUACACUUCAGAAAUAUUUCAAAUGCAAAAUUCAGAUCAUCAUCUGUUGUCUUGUACUGGCAUUGCCAAAACUUGGGAGGGUGUGGUGGGGUGGGAAAC